CUUCUAGCCCUUGCGGAUCAGAACCUCCUCCCAGAUUCGAUCUCGGUCUUCGAGGCGAUCAGCAUCCCUGAUUUCGCGUCGGCCCCCUCGGAUCGAGGGCGGCUCCCGGUUGUGUAAAUGCGGCGGGCUGCCAUUAAGCUCGCAUUUGGAACCGCCAUUCUCGGCGGCGGUGUCACCGCCGCCGCCGUUGCCACCUCCGACGAUCCCUCGACCACCCUCAAGAUUUGCACCAUUGUUCCCCUCCGCCUCCUCCGCGAUUCCUUCACAGUGGCAUCUGUCGUCGCAGACUAUCAAUACUCAUGUUGGGGUCUCAAGCAAGGAAGUCCUGAGUGGUUGAAGGCAAAGCAUGAAGCUCAUGAGCGAUCUGCUUAUAAGUUGCAGGAAUUGUGUUUUCGCAAUGGAGGGAUAUAUAUUAAGCUUGGUCAACAUAUUAGUCAACUGGAAUAUGUAAUUCCUGAAGAAUAUGUUCGGAUAAUGAAGGCCUCAAUGCUGAAAAGAUGUCCUGUUUCCUCAUAUGAUCAAAUCCGAAAUGUAGUCAUUAAAGAACUUGGAGGACCACCUGAGAAGGUUUUUCAAGAAUUUGAUUCAAAGCCUUUAGCUAGUGCUUCUCUUGCACAAGUUCAUGCUGCUAGAACCCAUGAUGGCCAGAAAGUUGCUAUAAAGGUUCAGCACACUCAUUUGACAGAUACUGCUGUUGCAGACAUUGCUACUGUGAAUUUGAUAGUGAGUUUCUUGCACUGGUGCUUUCCAGAAUUGGACUACAGAUGGUUGGUUCAUGAAGUCAGCGAGAGUGUACCCAAGGAAUUAGAUUUCUUAUUUGAGGCUAGAAAUAGUUUGAAAUGUAUGGACAAUUUUAGGAAGCUAUCUCCUCAUUUAGCACGUAACAUAUAUGCCCCCAAAGUCUUUUGGAACCUAAGUACAUCUAGAAUUCUGACUAUGGAAUUUAUGGAUGCCCCGGAAAUAACUGAUGUCAGAGCUAUACGAAGGCUUGGACUUGAGCCAAUCGAUGUCUCAAAAUUAGUCAGUCAUGCUUUUGCAGAGAUGAUUUUCAAGCAUGGGUUUGUGCAUUGUGAUCCACAUGCUGCUAAUAUGAUGGUUAGGCCUUUGCCAUCAAGUAAAUGGAAUAUUUUUGAGAAAAAGAAACCACAAUUGAUACUGCUUGAUCAUGGUCUUUACAGAGAGCUCAAUUUUUCUACUAGAAUAAACUAUGCUGCACUUUGGAAGGGUCUAGUUUUUGCUGAUGUUAAGGCCAUCAAGGACAAUAGUAUAAAACUUGGUGCUGGUGAGGAUCUUUAUGUUCUAUUUGCCGGAGUACUCACUAUGAGGCCUUGGCAAAAGGUUGUGGAUCCAUCAGCAGACCACUUAGUUAUCAAGGGAAAUCAGGAUGACCGUGCAGAACUACAGAUGUAUGCUGCUCAGUAUUUUCCUCAAAUAUCAGAGCUGCUUAGGAGACUACCACGUGUAAUUUUACUAAUGUUGAAGACUAAUGACUGUUUAAGAUCUGUCAAUCAUACCCUGCUUCAAGGGUCCUCCCUAGAAACAUAUUUCAUCAUCGGCAAAGUUGCAUCGGAAGCAUUGGCAGAUUCCAAGAGAAUAACAUGCGAAGGAUCAGCUUUUGGGAUGCUAAGCUUUUGGCUGGAAAUGAUUUUGGUUGAAGUCCGAUUUCUAUGCCUGAAAAUUGCAAUGCAUCUUCUACAGCUUAAAAAAGCUAUUGAUAGUCACUGAUCACAUUUUCGCCAGAGAGCAACUUAUUUGUUCCUGUCCAGCAUCAUUUUUUUUUCUUUCAAAAAUUUUGUGUUAAUUUAUCAAUAAAAUAUUUAUAUUAAAAAUUGCAUGCAAUGUUUCAAUUGGAAUUAAAUAUUAAUUGAUUAAUUACAUCAAUGAAUGUAUCGACGUUGUUUUCAACAACAAUAAAAGUAGCUUUUUCUGUAAAAAAAACAAACUCAUUUGGAGUGGUACAUCUCUUUUCAUCUUCAGUAUAGGUCUCUUAUUUUUGUUGUUUGGGGAUGUAAGAAUUUCAUCAUCCUCUCAGUUAUCAUGUUUGGGGAAUGAUGGAUGUAUCAUUUAUGUCUUGUAACAAUAUUACUCAACUAUCUUGUGAGUAAAUUUAUAUUAACA